GCGCCGCCGGCGGCCAGUCGUUUGACGCCUGCCGCGAGAGCGGUCGCCGCCACGGGACGAGCGAAAAGUGUCGCGAACGAGUCGCCGGUCGGCGCGUUAUGGACGUUGCAUGAGCGCGAGCCGCCGGGCACGCCGGUCGUGGAGCGCGCGCCGUGGGCCCCAGGCGGCGCGGGCAUGCGCUUCGAGGGCGCGGAGCGGCGCGACGCCGUCGCCUUCCAUCCGCUGCUGGCGCCGCGCCCGAGCGACUUCUCGGUGUCGGCGCUGCUGACGGCGGGCGCGCUGCCGCCGCCGCCUUACUUGCCGGCCGCGUUGGCCGCUGCCGCCGCGCUGUCCGCUCCCUGUCCUCUGCUCAAGCCUCCGCCGCCGCCGUACGCGCCUCUACCGCCUGACGACGACGGUGUCGUCGACGAUCCUAAGGUCACCCUUGAAGGCAAGGACCUCUGGGAGAAGUUUCACAAGCUCGGCACCGAGAUGGUGAUCACCAAGAGUGGCAGACAAAUGUUCCCACAAAUGAAGUUCCGCGUCUCCGGAUUGGACGCGAAAGCCAAAUACAUCCUCCUGUUGGACAUCGUCGCCGCUGAUGACUACAGAUAUAAGUUCCACAACAGUCGGUGGAUGGUUGCCGGCAAAGCGGAUCCGGAGAUGCCGAAAAGAAUGUACAUACAUCCCGACUCGCCGUCCACUGGAGAGCAGUGGAUGCAGAAGGUCGUCUCCUUCCACAAGCUCAAGCUGACGAACAACAUAAGCGACAAGCACGGUUUCGAGCUCAUCUAUAGCCAAAGCCAACGGAUGUUGUCAAAGUUGCUGUGGCCCAAUCCAGCACCUAGUGCGCCCAGAGACCCCCACUCAGAUCAUUUGUGUGUUACGCAGACGAUCCUGAACUCGAUGCACAAGUACCAGCCGAGGUUCCACCUGGUGCGAGCCAACGACAUCCUCAAGCUGCCCUACUCCACGUUCAGGACGUACGUCUUCAAAGAGACGGAGUUCAUCGCUGUUACAGCGUACCAGAAUGAAAAGAUAACACAACUGAAAAUCGACAACAACCCGUUCGCGAAGGGUUUCCGGGACACCGGCGCCGGGAAAAGAGAAAAGAAUUUGUCUGUGUACCGCAGGCAAGCUCUGCUGACAGCGCGCUCGGACACCAGGGACGAAGAUGACGAGCGGCCGCUAGACGUCGGGGGACCGGCCAGUCCACCGCCCACGUCCUCUACCCAGCACAAUACUAGCUCCUGGUUCAGUUCGAGUGGUGGAGGUGGAGGCGACUCAGGCCCCGAAGAAGCAAUCGAAGCCGGAUCAGAUUCGUCAUGUUCUGGCGGCGCGCGGGCGUCCUCUCCGCCGGCGGGACCGUCGCGUCCCUCCCCAGCGCCGGACGUCUCCUUAGGACCGCCGGUACAACCGCCGCUCCUGCCGUACUUGUAUCCCCCUUCACUGUAUCCGCCACCGUUCUUCCCGCCGCACCAGAUGACGCCGGGGCUGCUGUUCAACUUGCACCCGUUGCUGCAGCAGUACUCGUUGCCCCCGCCUCCGGUUCCCCCUACGGCGACGGCGCCCUCGUUGACGAAGGCGCACAGGUUCGCUCCGUACGCGCUGCCGGGUCUGGGGUCGGCGUUCGAGCAGGUGGCCCCCCGCGCUCGCUCGUUGAGUUCGUCCCCGGCACGAAGGUCGCCGCCGGCCCGGGCCGCGUCCGCCGACCCCCCGCCGGAUGCGCCGACCUCAACGACGCCCGCUACGCCGCCCGCCUCCGACCUCAAGAGCAUCGAGCGUAUGGUCAACGGCCUCGACGUCGAGACCCAGGACUGACUCUAGCCGUACUGUACAUACCUGUAUUUAUACUGUGCCUCGUUUCGGGAGAGCCGUGAUCCGCCGCGACGAACGCGACAUUUUAUAUCGUUCCUAUUUUGUUUCUUUUCGAGUUCUAUUCGGGUCGAUAUCGUAUGUUUGUUGUAAAUAGUUAAGCUUAUGUUAGAGGUCAACGACACCGAGGCGGCUCGAUGGGGAGCGCUGAUGGCAUGGGAUGAAUUAAAUGAUCGAACUAAAAUAAAAUUUCAAUUAUACCUAUUAAUGAAUGUUUCAAGGACCAAACCGUUUAUAAUGUCUUGUAUCAAAAACGAUUGUUUAAAAUGAAUGAGCACGAAGAAUAGUUUAACCAAGAAAUAAAUAUUUGAAGUACUAAUGUUUUUAAUAUGUAUUUUUAUUUAUUUUAAGUACAUCAUAAGUUCCCAUGCCAUCCUUUAUCAUCCGCAACACGCGUAGUACCGUUAGUUUACACACACCACUGCAAUAGUAAUAGUUUAAAUCAUUUUAUGAAUUCGGUGAAAUUUUAAUAGGCACGUAUUGUGACGUCAUCAUGAAAGUAUCCAAUUGGGAGAUUAAUGAAACUUAUUUUAAAUUAGUAACUGAAAUUUAAAAAUAAAAUUUCGCGUUUUAAAUAAUGCGUUAUUCAAGGCGAACUUCGUAAAUAAACGUUUGAGUGUGAAAAUAAAUAAAAACAAUGAGUUUAGAAACGAAUUGGCGUCACAGAUAAGUCCGUAAAAUUUAAUCGAAAAAAAAAUCGAAUUAAUUCCUCACAAUAUUUUACAGUAGCAAAUAGUAAUAAUUAAAAUAAUAUUGCUUUAUAUUGUAAAUAAAUAUUAUAAGGUGUAUUUACGUGUUUACUAAUAAUUAUAUGACAUAUUUUCAAAAUAUGUAUGUUUUGUCAAUUGAACUACGAGGUUGACGGGCGAUUGAUUGUCGUGUUCUUUUUAAAUAGAAAUACAUUUUUUUUUUAUGUCUUAUAACGUAAAUAUUGUUACCCAAAAAAAGACUAAAUUAAAAUUGCCUCGGAAUUGACAUCCAUUUAAAUACUGUCAGUGAAAGACCAUAGAUAGAUAGAUAGAUAGAAAACUCUUUAUUGAAUAAAGAAAAAAUGGUAUGUGGGAUAAUAACUGAAUUCUUAUACAUAUUAAUUGACAGUAGGUAUUUUUGUGCCUGAUAAGCGUUUUAAUACAACCAUAAACUAAAACCUCCAGGAUUUUCGUGUAAGAUUAGAAAAAAAAAUGAUUUUGAUACAGACUCAAUAAUAAGCCUAAACGUCACACAACUAAUUCAAUAAUUUACGUCAUAAGACAUUUUAACCUUUAUUUAUGUGGACAUGUGGUACAAAAUUUGUAAAAUAAAAAUAUAUUUGGAACGCUGCAAUCAAACGUGCAAAAAUACACAAUUGAUGAAUAUAGUGUAAGUUGAAAGUUUGUAAUAUAUAGUUAAUAAAUGUAGUUAAAAAUACAAAAAUAUAUUAUAAAUGAAUAUAAUUUUCCAUGAAAUUCAUUAAUUUAAGCGCAAUAAUAGUGUAUUUACGAGAUUUUCUGUGCGCGGCUGUCAAACUACGCCAUUUUGAAAUUAUAUUAUAAAAAAUAAAAAAAAAUGGUACUGAUUAAUUAUUGAGAAAAGGAAAUCAUUGACGGUCGCGACCCGAAAAUGGGUUUUAUAUUUGUUUUUAAAUUCGAAACUAAAAGUUUAUUUUCUUAUUUAUUUAAGACCUAACAAGUUUUACCUAAAGGCUUCUGGAACAUUCGAACGGAGACUGUAAAAUUUUGCGACAGCUGUAAUUGAAAAUUAUUCAUUAAAAUAUAUAGAUGAAUCUAUUGAAAAGA